UUUUAGAGGUUAUAUAAUAAAAAUAUAAAUAAAACAUUUUUAGAUUAUAAAUAUUAAUCACACAAGUUGAAAUAUUUUCAGCUGCAUAACAUCAAUUUAAAAGGGAUUCGCGUUAAUAGUAUAUUUUUCAGUUGAUUGUCAAAAUUCAUUCCAAAAAUCCAUCAAGAUAAAUAAGGGAGCAUAAUUUUAUCUUAAAAACACAAUUACAAUAAAAUAGAAAAAUCAAAAUAAACAAAACAAUUUCGUAUUCGCGCCAGUAACGAAGCAGUUAAUUAACCGCUUCGAGGAUGCAAUGUUCGUCCACUCAUUUGCUCUUGCGAGUUGGUUAGAUCCAUUCGGUGUUCCUCCAUUACAAUGUCCCCGCUUGCUCGAAUUGCUUCCGCUGUAGUAGCAGCAAACUUUCUGUUGAUUGCUCGGUUAAUUUCUUCCACUGUGCCUCGGGGUCUUCAGAAAUUUUCAGUGGACGAACCUUCCAAGAGAACAACAGCUACAAGAAUUAUCAAGAACUUCAUUGGAGAUGAUGGACGGAUUUAUGCUUGCUCAGGGAGAAACUUUUAUGUCUUUGAAAGUAAUGGUUCUAUUGCGCGGAGAAUAUACCUAAAAUACACCUGCAAUGCUAAUCUAGCUCCAGUUCAUGAAGGAUCAGGAAAGAUAUAUGUGGUUGCAGAAAACAGAGUACUGAAACUUGAUUAUUCGAAAGUAGGAAUUUCUGAACCGGCUGUAGAAGUAUUCUUUGGUCCCGCACAAGGGAAAGAUGGACCUGGGGAAAUAAUAGGUGUCUCUGCAAGCAUAUCCAGUUCGUGUGUGCUCAUUACUGUAAAAAAUCGCGGGCUCUUUGCAUACAGGCUGAAUGGGAGGCUCAUGUGGAGUGCCGGUCCAGUGCUUUAUCGGCAUGGCUAUCGCCAAGGUUGCAGGAAAAAUAUUACGAAGUGCUAUUUUACAUCAAUGCCUAUAAUCGAUCACUGUGAAGCAAGCAUAUUUGUUUUGAACACUGUGGGGGAACUGUAUUCGUUGUCUGUUCAUGGUCCUAAUUUUAAGUGGAUCCAAGAUCUUAGCUCAUAUGGAAAUACUCUUGCAAUUACUCCUGGAAACAAUGGUCUUCUGUAUGUUACUGUACCCGAAUCAGCUCUUGUUCUUGCACUGAAUGCUUCCACUGGGAAUAUCUUAUGGCAAGGAAGUUUCGGGCCGCUAAGCUCCAUAGAUAAUGAACCAGUUGUUGAUGCAAAUGGUUGGAUAUCUUUUGGCUCAUUGGAUGGACAUCUUUAUUCAUUUUCGCCAACGGGAGAUCUCAGAAAGUUCCCAAGAUCACCUAGUUUGGAUUCUGUGAUCCAAGUUAACCCUGUGCUUGAUUGCUCCGGUUAUGCACUUUACACUUCUACGACAAAAAUGGAAGGAAAAAGUUCGCAUACCAUUGCAGAAUACACUUAUGUAUCAGCUCUGAAGCCCAAAAAUGUUGUCUUCACCUUACUUGUUCCGGCUUCCAGUUCCGUCUAUUGGUCUGAAAGCGAUCCUAGUAAAUUCUUAUUCAAGUUGUCUCAGACUGAUCUGCAACUUUUUGUGUUGGAUGAAAGAACUCUUCUAUCAUUCUUUGCAGCUUCAAGAAUUGGCAGUCCAUUCCCUUGUUCAUACAAGAAACUCGAAUCUAGCUGCCUGCAAGUCGAGCCCGAGAGUGAGCCUAUCUACACAGGCAAUGGGAGGACAAUCAUCAUGUUCCUGGCAAUCGAAUCAGUAGCAUUGUUACUACUAGCUGGAGCCGUGCGAUUCUGCUGCAUUUUUUGGAAGAAGAAGAAGGUUCAAGAUCAGAACCUGGGAAAGUUCCUGGACAAGAGAAGAUCUCUACAAUCACAAGAGAAAGCAUUGGAUCAUAUGAUCACAGAGCUGCAGCGAAAAGCUUCAGAAGAUGCAAAUGGAGUGCUGGAAACACUAAGCGAUUUGGUGAGAGGACGAGAAGACAUCAGGCGAAGGCUCUCGACAACUUACAGCUUAGGAAGGGACACAAAUGAAACACACCCCAAUUCCAAAUCACGCCUCCUCCCUUUGUACGAAGGAACGAGCCAAAGCCAUAGCCAGAGCCAGAGCCAUUCCUUGGAAGGCGUAGGGGGCGGCAGCAGUGUGUCGAUAUCUCAGACUCAGAGCAGCAGCAGUUCAGGGGAGUAUAGUAAAAGAGACGAGUUCAUGGUGAUGCUUAAAGCCAAAGGAAAAGCUGUUGUUGCCGAAGAAGAAGAAGAAGGCGAAAGCGAAAGUGAAGCCACCUCUAAUGGUGGGAGAAGGGAGGAGAUGGAGGAGGUGGAACUGCCAUUGAUUGAUGAUGAUGAUGAAGAAAAGGCUCUCUCUCUCAAAUCAACUCGUAAGGGUAGAAGAAGAUCGAGGAGAAAGAGUCAAAGGUACGGACGGGCAGGGCAGCGUACUGCGAAUAGCGAAGGGUCGUGCCUUUACCAUCUCACAGUCUCCACCUCUCUGUGUCGGGCGCCAUCUUCAUUUAGAUUCCGAUUCCGAUUCCUCAGGGCUGCGGAGGCUUUGUCGGCUGUACCUGCUUGCUUGCUUCUUGCUCGACCUUCAGAAGAAAUUCUCGGCAUUCGGACACCCCUAAUUUGUUGAACAGAUAUUCUCCGAUGGAUGCUGAGGAUUUUAUGGAACUUCCCGGUCCCAGUAGUUUAGGGCAUGGGAGCGAGAAUGAUACUCCGUCUGCAUUUGGCCAUGACUCUAAAAAUUCUGGUUCUCUACCUCCGAACUUGCAGUUAAUGGAUGAGGUUAAUGGUGAGAACCCAACAAUAUUAAAUGGAUUACAUGUGACCAUGGAAACUUCAGUGCUAUCUGAGACUGAAAA